AAACCAAUGUGAGUUACUGUGGGGCCCUUGAUGAAGAUUGUCCAGUCCAAGGUGCUGCUAUCAACUUUGAAACCAAAGACUUUCUGCACAUAAAAGAGAAAUAUAACAAUGACUGGUGGAUUGGUCGGCUAGUGAAAGAAGGGGCAGACAUUACAUUUAUCCCAAGCCCAGUGAAACUGGAGGCCAUGAGGAUAAAACAAGAACAAAAAGCAGCUGCCAGGAAAGGAGGGAACGCAUCAUCGGGAGGCUGGAGGUCCACCCCUCCAUCUGCAGCCAAACAGAAGCAGAAACAGACGGAACAUGUUCCUCCCUAUGACGUGGUUCCCUCCAUGAGGCCCGUGGUGCUGGUGGGCCCUUCACUGAAAGGCUAUGAAGUGACUGACAUGAUGCAGAAAGCCUUGUUUGACUUCCUAAAGCACAGAUUUGUCGACAGGAUCACUAUUACACGGGUGACCGCUGAUCUGUCCCUGGCAAAGCGCUCGGUGCUGAACAAGAAGGCCAUAAUGGAGAGAUCCAACACUCGCUCUAGCCUGGCUGAAGUCCAGAGUGAGAUCGAGAGGAUCUUUGAGUUGGCAAAGUCUCUUCAGCUGGUCGUCCUGGACGCAGACACCAUCAACCAUCCAGCCCAGCUCCUCAAGACUUCUCUGGCUCCCAUCAUCGUCUAUGUUAAAGUUUCAUCACCCAAAGUUCUUCAGAGGCUGAUAAAGUCUCGAGGGAAGUCCCAAAGCAAGCACCUCAACGUCCAGAUGAUGGCCGGGGACAAGCUGGCUCAGUGUCCUCCUGAGAUGUUUGACGUAAUCCUGGAUGAGAAUCAGCUGGAAGAAGCCUGCGACCACCUCGCAGAGUACCUGGAAAUUUACUGGCGAGCCACACAUCUCCCUUGUUCUGCCCCAGUUAAUCCCUUACAGGACCAAAAUAUGGUCACCCCACCUUCAGCCAACUCCAGUCAGCAGUUUUCAGAGACUCAAGAGUUGAUAGAAUGAUCCCAGCCUCGGAUGCAGCAGCCUGUGCUGUCGGCUGGGGUCAGAACAGCCAAGACAUGGAGAACAGGGACCACCAGGGGGCAGCAGCGUUCCUCCUCUCAUCAAAGCCAGCCAUCGCCUUCUCCACAUGUGAAGCAGAGAGAAGAGCUGGGUCCAUGCAAAGGGUGAAAGAGCAGAAGUGCGGUGAGCUGGGAUAGGAGGAGAAAUAUUCCACAUAGGGAGGAAGAUGCACCCAACUGCAGCCUCACUGCUGCCCCAGGGGCCAGACAUCCCUGCUCCCAACGUCAACUGAUAACUCAGGGCCGCUUUCUGCCGCUGCAAAAGCACUGGUUUACAGAAACCGGGGAAACAGCGCAGUCACUGUUCAACUCCUUACCACCAAACCCUCCCAUGUCGUACAUUCUCCAAUCCAAACAGUUAAAAAAAAAAAACAAGAAAAAAAGAUCCCUAUUAUCCAUGAAAGAUGAGCCAGCUUGUGAGUGUCUGUAGCUGUCUGAAGCACAUAAAGGCUGAUUCAUCUCUCACACAUCUAAGGGGCUGAGUUAUGUUAGUCCAUGAUACCGGUGGCACAGAAAAGCUGCGAGCACAUCACCAGGUUUCCAGUGCAGGGCUCUUAAGGUUUAAUGUCUGAUUCACCUUGCUUCCUUUCGGGUGCAAGGAGUGACAAAAAAUCUAUUAUGUAUGUCUUCCGUGUCCGCAGCUUUAAGUGAGCUGCCGUUUUAAAUGUUUAACUAAAAUCCUUCCUUAAAAGUACGUUUGCUCCUGUCAGAGUCAUUGCAGUAUCACUUUUGCAUGGAGACACAUGGAAAAAAUAGCGAUUUUGUCUUCCUUUAUCCUCUUACUUUCCACUCCUGGUUUAUGCAAUAUUCUUCUUUCUGUCUGCUCUUGUACUAAGACAGUUUAUACAACUAUCUGUUACUCAUAUAUUUGCUCUCAGUAUACCAAAAGCAUAUCUCUACAUGUAGCUUUUAUGCAAAUAAUGUAUAACAAACACUGAUAGCACACAUUUUCUACGUCUUUGCCGCUGCUGGCGAAUGUGAGUUAAAUCUGUUGUGUUGGUUGAGGAAAGAGUCCUUACGGUAAAAUGUGCAGACAGUUGAAGUCCAACCCGAGGAUUGUAACUUUUUUCUGUAACUAAUAAAACCAGAUAGAAAUCAGUCACAUUUAGUUUAAAAUCCAAAAUAAAAUUAUUCACUCAUCUUAGUCACAUUGUUCGUCCCCAAAAGUAAAGAUGUUUGUGUAACAAUGAUAGUCACAAAAUACUUAUAGAUAUGUUAUUUAUUAAAUGGCGUAACGAUGCAUGGGAAGCUGUAACCAGUCGUGGUACUGGAUGCAAUUUGGCUCAACCCCCCCGGAGUAGCGUCUGUCAUUUCUGAUUUCCACUGGCCGAAGCCCGACAUGUUACCAACACAUUUAUUCAUAUUUAUUAAGUAUUUUAGCUCAUUUUAUUCACAGAAUUAUAUUGUUACAUCAUUGAUUAAGUUUGUAUAUUUCUUAUAUUUCAGCAAGAACUAAGCCUAAGCCAUAAGUCCAAAAGAGAGAUACACAGAAUCAAGUUCUUGGAAAUGUAACCACUACUGAUGAAGUAGCGGAAAGGAAUUAUCUUAUUUUUUUAUAAAGCUCAUGCAGUUUUGUCUUAAUUAAGUAGGAAUAAAAUCAAAUCUGAUUGUGACAAGACAUUUAUAGGAUCUAGGAAUGAACGGUGAAGAUCAAUGUUGUCAAUGUCGAUUCAAAAGUCAAUAUUUUCAGUCAGGACGGUUUUGUCCCUGAUACCAAUCUGAGUCUUUGAGGAAGAACCUGCAGCUGAUACCUACUGAGCUCCAAACUUUGUUCAUGUCUUCAUUCUUCAGUUGACGGCAACAGACUCUUUGACGCAACUUGUGUGUUUUUAGUUCAGCUUUGCACUUUUGAAGACUUAAAACACACAGCUACAGUCUUCAUCAAACUCAUUCUGCUGCUGGCGAUAUUUUUAUUCACACCAACUUCAUUGAAGAGCAUUGCUGUCGUCCUCACUGCUUUGUCAAAUGCUUGCCACAUUACCAAGCAUUUUGGCUCAUGGGUCAUCAAAGUCGUUCUGUGGCUCAGACACAUGAGGCAAAACUGCUUGCAACGCAGGUGUAUUCCUCAAACACAAGAUCCAUAUGACUGAAUAAAAAUGCAUCAGACUCCAAGUCUAGACCAGUUUAGAGUCAGCAUGGUGUUUACUAAAGACAAAUAAUUUGUCUGAAACUUACUUCUUAGUAUCAGUUCUGUGAAUUACUAUUAAGCCAGAAGACUAUCUGUCCUUAGAAAUCCCCAUCAAAGAGAGAAGUUUCAGCUCUGCAGAGCGGACCGCACUGCAGACAAGAAAGUCUUAUGUCUUCACCAUUAAUGACCACAAUGUUUGUUUUUACUUAAAUUCUGACCCUCCUCUGAAAUAAUGUGAGAACAUUUAACUAUGGCUUAAGACAUAAAAUAAAACAAAAUCUCCAAGAUUUUAUUGUACCUUAAUCUUCAAUCAUUUUAAAAUUAAACUCUCAAAGAAAUAACACUUUAAUACUCACCCACAUGGCACUUGUAUGUUAACAUAAAUAAAUAAUCUUGAAAUAUUAUUGAUUAUCCUCUUAUUCAAGCAAGUCCAAUAACUGUGACUGAAAAACGACAAACUCUAAACUCACCCAGUGACGUCUUACUUUUGUACACGUGAGAUUUUAAAGUUCCUGAAGGGAGACUUUUGUUCAUUUUUCACAUGUUUAUGUAAAAUAAACAGGGUAGAUCUCAAACAGUUUGGUGACAACUGAAGAUGUUCAGCUGAAUCUCAGUCUGAAACUGCAAGCCAUGCAGUGGGACAGUCUGUCUCUAAUUUGCCUCGUUUGUUUGUUUGACACCUUACGGUUCUUAACUUCCAUCUCAAUACAACUGCUUCGAAAUUAUUAGAAAAUAACUCAUGUAAAUAACCUAUUGUAUGUGCAUGGCAUAUUGUACUCCUGUUGCGUCAGAAGGGCUGUAAGGAUCAUCCUCACAUGGGCAAAUCGACAUGACCCACAUAACCACUUACAUAUAUGCAUUAUGAAAGAUAAGCUGUAAAUACUGUAAAUGAUUAGUAUUAAAUUCCAUGCAAACGUUGCUAACUCUGACUAGCAAAAAGUCUUUUGCUCUUUGUUUUGUUUUGUUUUUCACAGCAUACAGCUCAGAAAGCAUUCUGUUUUUAACAUGAUGCACUUUUUAUCCAGGACCAGAGAUGUCCUCCACUGAGACUGACAUACACUUCUAAUAGAUCGGGUUGGAGCUUACUACCGUCCGCCUGACAAAACACCAAGAGCACAGGACCUUCUUAGAAAAAAAACCUUAGAUAAACCAGAUCCUCGUUUGUUUGUUUUUGUUUGUCUGUUUUUGGUUUUUUUAUUUGAGUUGUAUUGCAGAAUGAUUCUAUUGUAACUAAACUAUUUUUUUUUCCAUAUCCAAAGCACAACGUUUUUAUUACUAUUACUUAUUUCACUGACCUAAAUUCUGGAUGCAAUACAAAGUUUAGUAUUGAUAAGAUACAAGCUGAGACUAUCAAGAUAUCUCCUCGGUUGGGGCGGGGUAUAAUUGCACUAAUAUUGUUUAUAUGGUUGCUUUUUGUCUCUUUUUGUUUUGAUGCAAUAAAUGCACUCAACGUAUGCCGUAUUUACCUCCAGCUGUGACUCCAACAACGCUGCUGGUCUCAGACAACUAGGACUGACAUUGUCUGAUGAUGAAAUGUGCUUGGUGUGUAUCUGUAAACGCCACGCGAGAACGAGGUGGUAAAUAAAAAAAAAAACGUUCUAAUGACA